AUGAUUCCUAUUAAAUCCAAUCCAAUUGCAGUAUCGCGAGAUGCCCAGCACAGUCUUAGAACAAUGAUUCCUGAACAUCACCUCCAGCGAGCGAUAUCAGGAACUGGUCUAAUAAUUCCAACGCCAGAAGUAUGUCAGGCGGAUGUCGAGUUCUACGAGCGAUGCUAUCCCUCAGAUUACAAGAUGCCAAAACAACAUAUACAUAUGCAACCGCUUUGGGAGGAGCAAGAAACGCCGGAGUACGACAUCGACUCGGAAGACGAGCGAUGGUUGAAGCAGCAAAGGCACCCCGAGUUGACAGAAUUGAAAUUCGAACAAAUGAUGGACAAGCUGGAAAAGAGUUCCGGUCAGACGGUGGUGACGCUCAGCGAGGCGAAGUUAUUGCUGGAGAGACAGGACGACCUCGUCAUUGCCGUGUAUGACUAUUGGCUGAAUAAGCGGUUGACUACGCAACAUCCAUUGAUACUAUCGGUGAGGACAGAGAGUCGGCCAGGUCAAUCUGCGAACAACCCAUACUUGGCUUUUAGAAGGCGAACAGAGAAAAUGCAGACUAGGAAAAAUAGGAAAAACGACGAAAGCUCGUACGAGAAGAUGUUGAAGUUGCGCAGAGAGCUCGCCACGGCCCUAAGUCUCCUGGAAAUGGUCGCCCGGAGGGAGAAAGUCAAGAGGGAAAUGGUCAAAUUGACGGCCUUGUUGGCGGAGAAACGCUACGACGCCAAGGACUUUACCAAUCAACUGCCGGAACCGAUUGUCAGGCCACAGUUAGCAACAGUGCCCUUGGCGAGCAUUCGUCGUGAAUUCGCGUAUCCACCCAGGCCACCCUCAACUCCUACUUCACUGGACACCCACCACAGUCGACAGCGCGAAAAACGUCCGUACAAGAGACGGAAACACAGACACCACACGCCCGGUACCGUGCAAGGAGUGCGAGAGUGUACAUCUUCGGAGGAAGAAAGUGUUUCGCCAAUUGAUGAUGGACCGUUCUCAUUUCGAAGGAAGCCUGGAUGUUAUUAUGAAAUGCCAACUUCAACUUUGUCCGGUGAUCCGGUGGAGUCGACGACUAGUCCGUCGAAACAAGGGAUGUUUGAACACGAAAUGGACGAACGGACGAGGUUUACACUAACAUCUGUUCGCAAUCCAUAUCCACACUAUGUUGGAUUCGCGCGGCGUCGCAUGGGUAGAGGCGGACGUGUCAUCUUGGACCGGGUCAAAACUGAGCUGGAUUCGCUGUGGUCGAAAUUGCCCAUACCUGAAAAGGAAAUACAGGAGGACUUGGAAAAUCAAAGACUCAGAACGCCAAAAGAAAUCACCAGAGAUUACCAUUCGGGUGGUAAGCAUCCUUGGAGACACGCCUUCAGGAGACACCUCAACAGAAACCCGCAUCUCUGGAUCGACGAGCCCGUUAAAAGUGACGUCAAAAUGGACAUCGACGACAUUAAAUUUGACUUCAAAAUGGAGGUCGAUGACAUGAUGGACUUCGGCGAUUGUAAAUUGGAUUUGGAGAGUCCCAGAAUUGGUACUACGGGUAUUGAGGGUACCGAGAGUGUUGAAAGUGAAAGUGCCAAAGUGGGAACUAGUGUUAGUGUUACUGAUGUGAAUCGGACCAUAGACAGUGCAGUGCGCGAUAAUCUCAAGCGUGUGAUGCGGAAGCGGGCCUGGAGUUCCAGUACGGAUUAUGACUCAGAUGACAGUUUGAAACCAGUGGAGAGGGAGUUUGAAGGUUUCAUCACUGACGUUCAUGACAAUUGGCUUCACUUCCGACCAAAAACCCCAUCGCCGUCACCACCUCCAACAGAGGACGUGACUCCACUCAGCCGAGACGCUCCCAUUUCUGUUGAACUCAGUACGGGUCUCGAUACAUUCACAACAGAGUUCAGAUUGAAGGACCUCUACGACCUGAAGAACUUGGACGGCACAGAGAGUAUCGAGAAGUUCACCACCGGUUUUACUGAGGCUCAAGUUGAGAGCAUCUUGUCAGAGACCGAUCUCAAAACGUUGGAAGAUAAGAGGUUGUCGGAUGAUCUGCUGGAGGAGCUCGUCAUGGAUGUCAGCAAGGAUUCUUUUUUAUUGCAAGGCCAGAGCGUCCCCGGGCGUACCGUCUCUGGCCCGCGGCGUCGCGAGCCUUUCGGCUCUACGAGUGUGCGCGUGUGCGCGGUUAGCGAACCCCUGCACCUGCCCACAGCCAUCCCGACCCCCGAACCCCUGACUCCAACCCAGCCCACGCCCCACGCCACUAAGCCCCAGCCUGCGCAGAGGCGGUCCCCACUCAAAGUGGAGAAACGCGACAUAAAAGAGGAGAUCCCGACCGUUCAAUUGAAGACUUUGCACAAGAAGCACAUCAUUGCAUCGCGGAGGCCCGACGUCACCAUUGUGACGUCAGACGCGCACUCGCAGCUGGUCACGGUGGCAGUCGCUGACAGCUUGAAGGUUCGUCUCGGAAAUCAAACUACAACGAGCCAAGGUACGGUGGUUGGCUUAAUUCAAAACGGACCGUUCGCGGUUACGUUGCCAGUUCAUUCAAGGGAUAUUGGUGCAACAACGACAAUCACAUCCGGGAGCAUACCCACCGUGGCCAACAUGACCAAUCUAAGCAUGGCCAACAUGCAGACGAUGGCUAACGUCUCCAUCCCGACAAUGUCCAACCCCCGUCGACCGACCCCCCUAGUCCAAAUAGCUCACAAACCCAUGAACCCAACGGUGGUGGUCUCCCCUCAACAGGGGAAGUUAAAAGUCCUCCACGCUCACCCCAUCUCGAACACCCAGCGCGCCCAGCUCUUGGCCCAGAAUCGGCAGCUGUUGCCGACCGUUGUGUCUUUGGCCACGAUCGACUCGAAGCCGACGUUGCUGAAAGCGCCGGUGACGCAGUUCUUCGAGAUCAAGUCUGGACAAUUGUCGAAGCCGCAUUUGGUCAGUCUUCAGGGGAAGAGAUUGGACCUGGAUAAGAAGAGACAGGUCGUCUUCGAUGGAACUUUAAAAGGCAAUAUUCGACCGCGUUUCAGUCUGGACGGUCGACAGAUUGUACGGGCAACGUUGCCGGUUAGGAAUGUCCGCCAUCAGAUACAAUUGAAGAACCGAGUUGUGUCGACCAUACGACAAUCCGAGCCGUCUACCAGCGUGACGAACAUACAAGCGAACAUACCAGUGAUGAAAAAUGUCCUGCCCAAAGUGAAAAAUGUCAUACCGAAUAAGCUGGACAGACCGACAGGACCGGUGAACAAUGUCGUGACAAAAGUGGACAGACCGACAGGACAAAUCAACAGUCUCAUGCCAAAACUGGACAGGCAGACGGGGCAGGUUAAUAAUGUCAUAGCUAAAGGGCAGAAGAUUGCCAUAUCCGGUGGGCAGUUGUCGGCAAAUGUUCAAGCAAUCGCCUUUACGACCGCUCAAUUGAAAGCCAGACAGGGACGCCUGAUCACACAGCCCAGAGCUACCACUGUUGCCGAACUCGAACCGACAACCUCCGCAUCUACCUCCAACGCAAACGUGGCUGAGACUCCGAGCGAAGGUGAAACCAACGGGACCGUGCGACGGCGCACCGCAGAUAACCUACCGAUGGAGGUCACGUGA